UAAUGGCGUCUCUACUUUAUAGCGGUAAAUGAGUAAAGAAAGUUUAUUUUAGUGUGUACAAGUUGUAAUUAUAAGCUCAAAGCGUUAAUGUUACAAUGGAUUACUACGUUAAUUCAAAAUCGGAGGAAGCAACUAUAUACGAAAUAUAUAAAUCAUGUCGCCUGUGCGGGGCUGGUGCUGGCUACAAAAUGCCAAUAAUACAAAAUGUUAUAAACUUGGAUCCAGACGAAACAGAACUUAAGCAAAAAAUACGCGAAUGCGUACAAAUUGAGGUUCACCAGGAUGAUAAAAUGCCACCAUUGAUCUGUGAACUCUGUGUGGACAAGGUGAAUGACUUUUAUGAGUUUCUGGAGAUGUGUAAACAGACAAACAAGAAAACCAGACUCCGACUUGGACUGCCACCCCAAACAUUACCCCGUGGCGCCCCUGAUGCCGGUGACUGUAUAUUGGGCUUAACAGAACCUGUCUUCAUCAAUGAAAGUUCUAAUGAAACACCUUCAUCUAGAUCUGCCAAGACCCCUAAAGCUGUUAAAACCAAGAAGGAAAUGGAACCCAAGGUUAACCCAAAAUUUCGCAAAAAAGAAGAUCCUAAAACACCAAAAUUAUCAGAAUUGAGGAAUGACGUCAAAAUAACAAGAUCAGCUGAAUCAAAGAAAGAUAACAUCAAAGUAACAAAAUCAUCAGAAUCGCAGAAAGAUGUGAAAAUAACGAGAUCGGCAGAAUCAAAGGAUGACUUACAUAUAUCUAGAGUGUUAGCUGAAUCGAGUAGUCUCAGGAGUGGUCGGAGCAGGCAGCCGAGUCCUCCACGAUCUCUUCGGGGCACAAAAAGGCCUAGUGAAGACAACACUCCUGUUAGCAAAGUACAGAAAACAAACAAACCUGAAGCAACUCCAUCACCGAAAUCCAUUAUAAAGAAAAUUAAACAAGAAGUUCCAGAUGACCUCUUGGAGCCGCGUAACAAGCGACCCCGUGACAGUACGCGCGAAACCAUCGAAACUCCUAAGAAGGAAGUUAAUAAGAAAGCCAAGGUAACUCUGAACAUUCCCAAGAUUAAGGUGGAGCCCAAACCUGCAGCCCCAUCGCCACCGCCAGUGCAUAAGUGCACCAAAUGUAAAAGCACAUUCAAAACGCCCCAAGCGCUAUCUUCACAUAUGAACACACAUAUUCAAGUCAAGGUCGAAAAAAUUGAGACCCCCAAACCCGAACCAAAACCGAAGACGCAGAAGUGUCCAAAGUGCGACAAAACUUUCCCCGCCACUGCGUUCAAGGACCACAAAUGUAAACAACCAGAAUGUAAGUUCUGUAAGAAAAAGUUCCAGACUAUGGGACCAUGCACCAAUCAUGAGAAAUUUUGCUCUGUUGGCAAUUCAGCCAAUACGACUCCGGCAAAAACUGUUUCCUCUGCAAAAACUAAUCCAGCAAAAAGUACUCCAGUGAAAAGUGCUCCAUCAAAAACUACUCCAGCAAAAAUUACUCCAGCAAAAACUACUCCAGUAAAAACUACUCCAGCAAAAACUAUUCCAGCAAAAACUACUCCAGCAAAAACUAUUCCAGCAAAAACUAUUUCAUCAGCAAAAACUUCAUUAUCUAAAAAACUGAAAAUUCCGCAAUGGCUGAAGUCGCAGUUACUUCCGAUGGAGGUCAGGCUAAUGAGGUGUGACCGGCUGUGCGACGACAACGGACACUGUCGAGACGCCGAUUUUGUUGAUCAUGACUACGGCUUAGACAAGACGCGCGAGUAUCCAUAUCUAUAUAAUUUGUCGAUGUUGACACAUAAACUGCGUAUUAAGUCCGAACUGGCGAUGUAUGACCGCAUGGUCAAAAUCCAGGACAACAUAAGAGAUGAAUUCGAUUUAGACGAGUUCUACACGCACUGGGAUUCCGCCAGUGACUCAGAUUCUGAUACAGAAAUGUUCAAACCUAAAUCAAAGAGUGCUGUCAAAAGACUUUCCACUUUAUCUCUAAAAGUACUCUUCUCGCCUAAAGGCCUAGGCAAAGUUCCGAAAAAACUAAGAAAGAUAAAGUCAGAAAAACCAUUCGACUCCAUACUCAAUUCGACGGAAUUAGACAGCGACAAAUUUGGAAUCAGCAACAUAAUCAAUAGUUUAGAUGAUUCUAUAAAUGACAACGAUAAUACUAAAGAUUUUGUGAAUGAGAAAUUUAAAACUAAACACGACGAUACCUUCUUUGGAGAAAACAAGGGCCCAGGUGUUAAAAAUAGUGACUUUGAUUUAUUAUUUGGUAGUGCUGGCAGCACCGGUAAUAAAGACAACUUAUCUUCUAAUGAAGAUGUAGAAAGAGGAAGUCCGUCGUUAGAUAUAAGCUCUGUAAAUAAUAGGCUAAGUCGAGCAGAUAGGAAUAAAGAGUUUAACGUAGAAGACAAAAACAAUAGUGUAAGCAGUACUGAAAAUACUAAUGCGAGUAUAGAAAACGAAAGUAAUAAUAAAUCUGAGAGUGAUAGUAUUGAUAUGAUGAGUUCGAACCAAACUUCAGUUGUAGUAAGUAAAAAUAAGACACAGGAUGAAGAUCAAGAUAAUGAGUUUAAAGAAAACAUGAUCGAAAAUGGUGAAGACAAAAGUCUUACACCUAAUAGUAAUGAUGAAAAACUUAAUAGUAGUACUGAAAGUACAGCACUAGAAAAUGGUGUAAGAGAAAAAAGCAACGAAUUAAUAGCUGACAAAGAUGUUGAACAUGAUAAAGCAAAUGAUGCCAAUGACACAGUGAAUUCAAACAAUGGAAGCGAAGUUGUAAAUUGUAGUGUGAAUGGCGAUAAAGACAAAAAUGUAGAUGAUUUAGGAGCCGGCAGUGACACUGAUAUGGAUGAUGGGAAGCUGAUGGAAGCGAUUGAUGCACAACUCGGUGAAAGUGAUGUCAAAAGAGCAAAAGUAACCGACAAUUUAAGUUCAAAAGAAUCUGAUGAUUUUACAAAAGAUAUAGAGUUCUAGAUUUAUGUCUUUCCACAUAAUAUAUUUUAAAUAAGUACUUUUAAAAUAAAAUUAUAUUGAUAUUGAAUAUUAAACAUCUCAAAUUUGA